UUAACCUCAUAGCGCUAGCGAAAGAUUUGUGCAGGAACUGCACCAACAUCAGAAGCGAUGCGAUGGUGUUUGACAUAUCAGAAAGCAAGUACUGGUAACUAGUGGGCAUAUCCAUUCAAUGAUUCCCUGCUUGGAGAAUAUCCUAUUUUGAGUCGACCCAUUCAGAGGCGGAAAAUCGUAAGCGUAGCCUUUCAGAUUCUCGUUAUCUAUAUCGUAUAAUGCGCUCAUGAACCGAUACCCGCCAUGGCUGCUUCCUUGUAUACGAAUCCGCUAGUACCGCAGAAGGUCUCUCCCGCGUACCUGGUGAAGAAACGGCCGGUCAAGCUUACUGUUGGUGACUGCAGAACUACCAUCUUUCGCACUAGCGUGUUAUCGGUUGCUAAAAGGCAAAGAUGUAUGGUGGGAAGAACUGAGAGCUUGAGUUCGGGAGAAAUGGAAUUGGUAGCUGAAGUGGAAGCGGACGUGCCAUCAAUUGGAACGCCUGUGGUUGACCCCAAGUCUAAACCGAGAAGGAUCGCUCUUUUCGUGGAGCCUUCCCCUUUCGCCUACAUUUCGGGAUACAAGAACCGUUUCCAAAACUUCAUCAAGUAUCUGCGCGAAAUGGGGGAUGAGGUCAUUGUGGUGACCACUCAUGAAGGUGUUCCGCAAGAGUUCUAUGGUGCUAAAUUGAUCGGUUCAUGGAGCUUCCCUUGCCCAUGGUACCGAAACGUGCCACUCUCAUUGGCCCUGAGCCCAAGAAUAAUUUCUGAAGUUGCAAAAUUCAAGCCUGACAUAAUCCAUGCUUCAUCGCCUGGAAUUAUGGUAUUUGGUGCACUAGUAAUUGCCAAACUAUUAUGUGUUCCCUUGGUGCUGUCAUAUCACACUCAUGUUCCAAUAUAUAUCCCAAGGUACACAUUCAGCUGGCUGGUGAAACCUAUGUGGCUAAUCAUAAAAUUUCUUCACAGAGCGGCAGAUCUUACUCUGGUUCCUUCUGUUGCCAUCAGUCGAGACCUCUUGGCUGCCCGUGUGACUGCAGCUAAUAAAAUACGACUUUGGAGCAAAGGUGUUGAUUCCGAGAGCUUCCAUCCACGUUAUCAAAGUGAAGAGAUGAGAAUCCGACUUACUAACGGUGAACCACAAAAGCCACUCAUAAUUCAUGUGGGAAGGCUAGGAGUUGAAAAGAGCUUGGAUGUCCUUAAAAGGGUGAUGGACCAACUUCCAAAUGCACGGAUUGCUUUUGUAGGAGAUGGGCCAUAUAGACUAGAGCUAGAGAAAAUGUUCUCUGGCAUGCCUGCUGUUUUCACAGGAAUGCUGCAGGGGGAGGAAUUAUCACAAGCGUAUGCAAGUGGUGAUGUCUUUGUGAUGCCAUCAGAAUCUGAAACACUUGGGUUUGUUGUGCUAGAGGCCAUGUCAUCAGGUGUUCCAGUGGUGGCUGCACGUGCUGGAGGAAUACCAGAUAUAAUUCCUGAAGAUCAAGAUGGAAAGAUAGGUUACCUUUUUACACCUGGUGAUCUAGAAGAUUGUGUCAACAAAGUGCAAACUUUGCUCUCUAAUGAAGAAUUGAGAACAGCUAUGGGAAGAGCUGCUAGAGAAGAGAUGGAGAAGUAUGACUGGCGAGCAGCAACAAAGAAGAUUCGUAAUGAGCAGUACAAUGCUGCAAUUUGGUUCUGGAGGAAAAAACGAGCACAACUGUUGAGGCCUGUUCAGUGGCUGGUCCGGUUGGUGUUCAGGUCUCCAGCAGUCAGAUAUGAUUAGUUUAGUAGAUGGUUCAUUGCCUAAUUGUGUGCUUGGUGAUCAAGUGUUGCUAUUCAUUCAUUGAGUUCAAUGCCCACAAUGUAUCUUAUCUUGUGGCAGAAGAAGCAUUUUUCCAUAACUUCCUGUGCUUCCAUUUGUUUUUGGAAAAGCAAGCUGGUUGGAACUGUGGAUGCUUGCAUCAAGAAGACAAGAUCUUUGAGGAAAGAAAAGCUAAAGGAGGCAAGGAUAUUGCUGCA